GAGAGGUUGUGUUACGAUAAAUUGCUGAUUCAGUGAAAAUUUAAAACCGAUUUAAGUUCUUGAAACAUUAAGUUCCAAUCAACAAAUUUGGCCAAAAUGCUCACCAGAUCUGGCAUUAAUCGUCGACAAAAUGAUCCAAGCCUUCCGAUGCUCGAACAAUUACAAACCGAAGAAAAUGUUACAAACGAGUUAUCGAGAAGCAACAACCAACCAGUACACGUGCAAUCUGUCAUCGAAACAACCGACAACGCCACUACUGAAAUGAGUACAAAUGACGGCACACAACCGCAAUCACAAACAACAACAAACAUGGAAAAAUUGAUUCAAAUUUUGGCAAAUAUCGAUAAAGAAAAUCAAAAAGAUUGGAUAAAAGAAUUGUACGAAAAUAUAAAGGAACAAAUGAGCCGCAUACCGAAAGGUGGAUGGGAAAAAAUUAAAGAUGCUUUCAAUCAAAAAUUUGUGCAACAAAAAACAAUUAUCGAUAUGAGAAAUCUAUACAACAUGGCAAAAAACAAAGAUAAUCUACAAAGUGGCCAAAACAAUGUACCAACAACAAGCAACCAGCUGAUUGAAAUAAAGAAUGUCGACCUCUUUACUCGUACAAAAACGGCCCUAAAAAACAAUAUCAAAGAGGUAAAUGAACAAAACAAAAUGAGAACAUAUAAAAUAUAUAGUAGAGAAGUCAAAAAUGAAAUCAUGGACUACAUCAAUAUCGCGCUUCAACAAGAACAACUGGACGAAUCAAUAAUUAGUCUUCAAGAAUAUGCCAACAUAAUUCUCGCGUGUCAAAUCACAUAUCAACAGAUGACAACAAAAACAAUAAAAAAAUCAAAUUGGCAACAAUCGAUGGAAGAAACGAUUAAAAAAUUGUACGAUAAAGUAGAUACAAUUAACGAAUUUUGUGAAACCGGUCAUGCAACAAGUGCAAUGAAACAAAUAUGUAAAAAUAAACAUAUCCAUUCAACAAACCGCCAAAAAGUUGAACGAGUAAAAGAUGAAUUGGAAGAAAGAAUCAAAAGCUAUGAAAAACGGUUACGAAUCCACGAAAACAGAAAACAGUUCCGAAAAACAAACAGAUUGUUUGAAUUAAAUGCAAAAAGAUUCUACAGAGAAAUCAAUGAAACCACCAAUAGUAUAUCAAACGAAAUCGACAAAGAAGCUACGUAUGAAUUUUGGAAAAAAAUGUGGGAACAAAACGAAAUGGAAACAAACCGCGAGGAAAUAGUGAACCUUCACGAACCUAGCCAAAUGAACAUAGAUAUGUGCAAAGAAAAGAUAUGUGAAAUCACCGAAAACGUAAUAUCAAAUUUACCAUUGUGGAAAGCAACUGGAACUGAUUAUGUAUUCAAUUUUUAUAUCAAAAAGAUACACGUACUUCAUACGAAAUUGAAAGAAUUGGUCUACAAUGCAAUCCAAAAUCCACAAAGUAUUGAUGAGCAAUUUUACGAGGGCGUGACUUACUUGCUCCCAAAACGUCAUAAUACCAAAUCGCCAAAUGAUCUAAGACCAAUCACGUGCCUUUCAAAUAUAUACAAACUAAUCAGCAAAGUAGCAACACAGCUACUUACCGAAUUUGCAGAAGUGAAUGAAAUAAUUUCUAAUAAUCAGCUUGGAACGAAACGUAGAUGCCAAGGCGCUAAAUUACAAGCACUUAUCAACAAAGUAAUCAAUUCGUCCAAUGAUCACAAACUAUGUACUAGCUGGAUAGACAUCCAAAAGGCUUACGACUCGGUUCCACAUAGCUACAUGCUAUUCGCAAAUGACAAAAAUACGCUUAAAGAGCUAUGUGACCGCACGAAGGAAGUCUUGGAAGGAAUUGGUUUCCAAACAAAUGAACAAAAAUCAGCCAAUAAUAUAGGCGACGAUACCGCUUUCGGGAAUAUGAUAGACGAAAAUGGAUACAGAUACCUCGGUAUUCUCGAAGACGAAAACAAUCUCAUUAAAACCGAGAACAAAGUGUUACUGAGAGAAAAAAUACUGUCAAAGGUUGAUGCUUUGUGUAAGACCAAGCUAAAUGGGAAAAACCUGAUGAUGGCAAUAAAUCAAUACGCAAUAUCAACUAUGAAUUAUUAUAUUGGAUUGAUUGAUUUCAAACCAAAUGAGCUAAAAAGUAUGGACGACGAUAUUAGAAGAAUAUUGAAAAAAUACAAUAUCAUUAGGCAUUCUGCAAACAACGAAAGACUAUAUAUGGAUCGGAAGGAAUUGGGCAGAGGUCUACAAAAGAUCGAGGAACGUGCAGAAGCAAUACUAUUUAAUUUCCAUAGUAGCCUCGAACAGAACAACAAAGCGAUUAUCGACAACGAAAUUGCAAAGGGAACUAGUCUUGGUACAAUCAAAACGUUUAUCACCAACAAAUACCAAAUCCCAGACUCAACCCUAAACGCAAUGACCAUUAAAGAGAAACAAAAAGCUGAUAAGCUGGAAAAGAUAAGGGAAAAAAGAUUGCACGGUAAACUGUUCAACCAUGGCGAACAACCAGUGAAUAUAGAACAAUCAUCGCUAUGGUUAAAGAAAUCAAACAUUUCACCGCAAGAAGAAGGUUUAUUGUGUAAGGUACAGGAUAGAAACCUAUUCUUUGAAACAAGAAAAUGCAAGCAUUGUAGCCUAACCAAUGUGGGAGUAGAUCACCUGGCCACGUGUUGUGGAAGGUUGCUAAACUCGGAAUACAAGUAUAGACACAAUGAUGUCGUUAGGAGCCUACAUUUAAUGUUUUGUCAAAGGUACGGCAUUGAAAGAAAUAAAAGAUUGAAAAAUUAUCGCGUUGAGAACGUUAUACAGAAUAACCGUGUAAAAAUAAAAUCGGACGUCCCGAUAAUUACGGAUACAAGAAUCGAUAAUAACAAACCGGACCUACUGGUACAUGAUUUGGCUGCAAAAAAGAUAUGGAUAGUCGAAGUAGGUAUAACAAAUAAGGAUCGAUUAAAAGAAACAGAAACGGAAAAGGCAAGGAAAUACGACAUUUUGGCAAAAGAAUUGAAAUCAAUGUACAAUGCUACAGUAUUUCAAGUACCAAUAGUCAUGACAUGGGAUGGUCUCACAACCAAGUACCAUAAAAAAUACAUGGAAAUCUUAAACGUGCCGAAACAAAUACAAGCUUAUGUACAAUACAUAUCUAUAAAACGGACAGCGGAAAUUAUUUUUAGAGACUUGACAGAUAUCUGCGGUGGCUUCGAUGACGUACAAUUGGAAAAAAUUAUUAAUAACGAAAAUAUUUAAAACGUAUUGAAAAUGUAAAUUGUAAUUUUAUUAUUAUUUCCACUAUUAUUAUUAUUAUUAUUAUC